AUGGUGAUAAUGCUAUGGAUUUUCUUGAAUUUUGCACAGGUGUAUAGCAUGUGCUCUAUGACUCAACAUUGUUCUCAGCCACCCUACCAAUGUGAUGUUCCUCAAGCAGUCAGCCCUCCUAUCCCUUCCUUUCAUGAGAAUUUUACUGCCCCAUAUGCCUGCCCUACAUUUCUGGACCAAGAAGUCUGCUGCAAUGAUGACCAAAAUUCAGCCAUGAACUACAAAUUCUUCCUUAUUGGAGAAACAUUUGGGCACUCUGUAGGAGGCUGUGAUAUCUGUGCAGCGAAUAUUAAACUGAUGUGAUGCCACUUUACAUGCAACCCUCUGCAAUCUCAAUUUGUUUCAGCUGGAGAACAAAAAUAUGUCCCGAAUCCUGUUUCGCCUGAACAAAAAGUACUUGCUUUAUUGGUUAAUUUUACUGUUACUAAUUCUUUAGCGUGCGAAAUUUAUCAAUCGUGCCAAAAGUGCCCCUAUGUGACCCAAGUUUCUGCGAUGCAGAGCCCACAAGGGUUUUUGGAAUUUCAAGGAUAUGAAGGAAUACCAAUAGGCUUGGCAUGGGUUACAUUUUUCUUAUCAGAUGAGCCUACAUCUUUGGAUCUUCAAUUUUUGCCUUGUAAUACAAAUGUGACUACCGCUUAUGGGUACCCUGUUCAACCUUGCACGUGCAAUACUUGUCUUAGCCAAUGUGCCGCAAGCUAUUAUGUUGCAGCUCCUACAACUCUUGAAGGGCUUGCUUGACCUGUGAUAGGAGUUGCAUAUCUGGUUAUAUUUGUCUUUUCAUUGAUUGUUUUGUUCUCUAAAAGAGUUUGGAAAUGUCAUCAAGAUAAGAAAAAAUUAGAGAAAACACAUUAUAAUUCGCAUGAGAGCAACGGAGUUUCAUCUCAUCUGAGUUCAUACUAA